AUGAUUUCUCACCCACAAUUGAAAUGGAAUUCCACAUUUGAUAUCAUAAAUCAAUGUUCCUACACCGUCUGGGCGGCUGCUUCCCCUGAUGGAGGCAGGCGACUCGACCAGGGCCAAUCCUGGAAUCUCAAUGUGAACCCUGGCACGACCAAUGCUCGUAUUUGUGGCCGAACCAAUUGCAACUUUGAUGCCAAUGGCCAAGGCAGAUGUGAGACCGGUGACUGCAACGGUCGCCUCGAAUGCCAAGGCUAUGGCACACCACCAAACACCCUAGCUGAAUUUGCCCUAAACCACCAAACAAGCUUGUUCACUUGCCCUAGUGGCACCAACUACAGAGUGGUGUUCUGCCCAUGA